GAUGGUUUGUUGAAGGUGGGAGUGUUGUUUGGAAGAGCUGCUUUAAAGGCUCAGGGCUGAGUGUGACAGAUCUGUUUAGGACGUCCCGUUGUGGAGGAGAGGAGACAGCUCAGGAUCUCAGGAUGCCAGAGCCGGCGAAGAAAACAGUUUCAGCUUUCUCCAAGAAACCAAAGUCCCAGGAGGCAGCGGAAGGCGCCUCGGUGGUUUUCAAGGCAGAAACAGAGAAGCCUGAUGCCAAAGUAAAAUGGCAGUGCAACGCCAAGGACAUCGUGGCCAGUGACAAGUACACAAUCUCUGCAAACGGGAAUAAACACUCCCUGACCAUCAGCGACCUCGCGACGGACGACGCCAAUGUCUACGCAGUGAUCGCCGGGGGUUCAAAGGUCAAGUUUGAGCUGAAAGUGGUCACAAAGCCAGCCCCUGCAGAAACCCCUGCUGAAGGUCCGGGAAAAAACGCUACAGACGCACCUGCCGAGACACCUGCCGAGACACCUGCCGAGACACCUGCGCAGCCGAACGCAGAGCCCACUGCCGCCCCCGCUGACCCCCAGAAAGAUGAGACCCCUGCUCCAACAACUGAUGCUCCACCGGCUGAAGAUGGGCAGGCUCCCGACACGAGGCAGGACCUGACAGGCCUCUUCACCGAGAAACCGCAGUCCGGAGAGGUCACUGUGGGAGGAAAUAUCACAUUUGUGGCCAAAGUGAACGCCACGUCGAUGCUGAAGAAACCCACAAUCAAAUGGUUCAAAGGAAAAUGGAUGGACCUCGCGAGCAAAUCAGGAAAACAUCUGCAGCUCAAGGAGACGUACGACCGCAACAGUAAAAUCUAUACUUUCGAGAUGCAGAUCAUCGCCGCCAAAGCGAACUACGCUGGAGGUUAUAGAUGUGAAGUUUCAUCACGAGACAAGUUUGACAGCUGCAACUUUGACCUGACUGUGCACGAGGCCAGUGUUUCCGAUGGUUUGGACAUAAGAGCAGCCUUUAGACGAACCAGUGGAGAUGGAAAAGAAGAUUCAGGAGAACUGGACUUCAGCGCUUUGUUAAAAAAGAGCAGCAGUUUCCUAAAAUCCUCAAAUCGGGCCGUCCAGGCGCACACGGAGUCAGACGUGGACAUUUGGGAAAUCCUCAAAAAUUCUCCUCCGUCCGAAUACGAGAAGGUCGCGUUUCAGUACGGCAUCACGGAUCUGCGAGGGAUGCUCAAGAGACUGAAGAAGAUGAAGAAGAAGGAGGAGAAGAAGAGUGAAGCAUUUCUUAAGCGGUUGGAUCCUGCCUACCAAGUGACAAAGGGACACAAAAUCAAACUCGCCGUGGAAGUGGCCAACUCAGACGUGGAAGUAAAAUGGCUGAAAAACGGGCAAGAAAUUCAACCGUCUGGGAGCAAGUACAUCUUUGAGAACGUAGGAAACAUGCGCUACCUCACCAUCAACCACUGCUCUCUGGCCGACGACGCCGCCUACAGCUGCGCCGUGGGAGACGAGAAGUGCACCACCGAGCUCUUUGUCAAAGAGCCUCCUGUUACAAUAGUGAAGAAUCUGGAGGAUCAGAUGGUGAUGAAGGGUGAACGGGUGGAGCUGGAGUGUGUGGUGUCUGAGGAAGGAGCCAACGUCAAAUGGGAGAAGGACGGCGUGGAGUUGACCCGAGACGAGUCGUUCAAGUAUCGUUUUAAGAAGGACGGAUGUAAACACGUCCUGAUCAUCAACGACGCCGCCAAAGACGACGGAGGAAUUUAUAAAGUCAAGACCAACGGCAGCGAGUCUGUGGCAGAACUGAUGGUCCAGGAGAAGGAGCUGGAGGUGUACCAGAGCAUCGCAGAUCUGACGGUGAAAGCGAAAGACCAGGCUGUUUUUAAAUGUGAAGUUUCAGAUGAAAACGUGAGAGGAACCUGGUUUAAAAACGGAGUGGAGGUCAAAGCUGAUGCAAGGAUUAAUAUAUCUCAUAUCGGAAGAAUCCACAAACUGACCAUUGACGACGUGAAGCCUGAGGAUGAGGCAGACUACACAUUUGUGCCAGACGGACACGCCUUCAACCUCUCAGCCAAACUCAACUUCCUCGAGGUGAAGAUUGAUUAUGUGCCACGUCAAGAUCCUCCCAAGAUCCACUUAGACACAAUGGGACGCACCGCAGAGUCCACCAUCAUAGUCGUGGCUGGAAACAAACUGAGACUGGACGUGCCCAUCACAGGAGACCCCGCCCCGACGGUCGUCUGGACCAAGGGGGAAAAGGUUCUGACUGAGGGAGACGGCCGGGUUCAUGUGGAGACAACCAAAGGUCAUUGUAUCUUCACCAUCGAAGGGACCGAGCGUCAGGACGAGGGCGUUUACUCCGUGGUGGUGCGAAACCCGGCGGGCGAGGACACGGCGGACGUGCAUGUCAAAGUCGUUGAUGUCCCUGAUCCACCUCAGGCUCCCAGAAUCCUCAGCGUUGGAGAAGACUCUUGUGUUGUCCAGUGGGAUCCUCCAGCCUUUGACGGUGGACAGCCUGUCAUUGGUUACGUGCUGGAGAGAAAGAAAACCAAGAGCUACAGAUGGAUGAGGCUGAACUUUGACCCUUACCCUGACACGACCUACGAGGCCAAGCGGAUGAUUGAAGGAGUGAUGUACGAGAUGAGAGUGUACGCCGUCAACAGCAUCGGCAUGUCCCGCCACAGCCCCGCCUCUCAGCCGUUUGUACCCGUGGCUCCGACCAGUGAGCCUGUGGGCCUGAGCGUGGAUGAUAUCAGUGACACCUCCAUCGCUCUGAAGUGGCGUCCGCCCGAGAGGAUCGGAGCGGCUGAACUGGAGGGGUACAGGGUCGAGUACUGCAAGGAAGACUCUGACGAGUGGAUCCCGGCCAACGAGGGUCUGAUCGACAGGACGUCCCUCAUCGUCAGGGGCCUAACCACCGGGGACAAGCUGCAGUUUCGAGUGCGGGCCUUCAACAUGGCAGGACCCAGCGCCGCCGCCGCUCUGGCCCAACCCGUCACCAUCAGGGAGAUAAUGCAACGUCCAAAGAUUUGGCUUCCCAGAAAUCUGCGCCAGACGAUGAUCAAGAAAGUUGGAGACUGUGUGAAUCUUGUGAUACCGUUUCAGGGCAAACCCAGGCCUGUGGUGACCUGGACAAAAGACGGAGAGCCGCUGACUUCAUCCAUGGCCAACGUCCGAAACAGUGAAACAGACACGAUCCUCUUCAUCCGUAAAACAGAACGGAAACACUCAGGGAAAUACGAACUCCACGUGCAGAUCGAAAACGUGGAGGAUAAAGCCACGGUCACUCUGCAGAUAGUCGAUCUCCCCGGACCUCCUGAAGCUUUGAAGAUAGUGGACGUCUGGGGUUUUAACGCUGCUCUGGAGUGGAAGCCGCCCAAAGAUGACGGCAACUGUGAAAUAACUGGAUACACGAUUCAGAAAGCAGACAAAAAGACGAUGGAGUGGUUCACUAUUUACGAACAGUACAGACGGAUGCACUGUGUGGCGUCAGACCUGAUCAUGGGGAACGAGUACGUGUUCCGAGUUUACGCUACGAACCUCGUGGGCCUCAGUCUUGAGCCGUGCAACACCAAGGACAGCGCUUACAUCCAGAAAACAGGUAUCGAGUACAAACCGCCCAACUACAAGGAACACGACUUUUCAGAAGCUCCGAAGUUCACGCGGCCUUUGGUGAAUCGCUCCGUUAUCGCAGGAUACAAUGCCACGCUCAGCUGUGCAGUACGGGGCAUACCGAAGCCUAAAGUCACCUGGUACAAGAACAAGAUGGACAUCUCACAGGAGGCCAAAUACAGGAUGCUCAGCAAACAAGGCAUCCUGACCCUGGAGAUCCGAAAGCCCUGCCCCUUCGACGGAGGAGUGUACACGUGCAAAGCGGUCAACGCGAGCGGCGAGGACGUGGUGGAGUGUAAACUGGAAGUGCGGCCUCAAAUCGCAAAAGAAGAAACUAAGAAGCAAGAGCCUGCAGCCUGAGACGCUCUGUCCACCGUCCACAGCCUGAGACGCUCUGUCCACCGUCCACAGCCUGAGACGCUCUGUCCACCGUCCACCGUCUGAGACCCUCCGUCUUCGUGCUGUCACUGUGGACUCUGUGUUUUUUGUUCAUCUGUGAUUCUCAAGCUUCUGCCAAAAUGUCUGUUUUUAGUUUUUUGUGAGAUGAGUGCAAUAUUCUGCUGUAUUUUUCUGUAAUUUAUCUUCAUUAAGUCGCA